AGCGGGGCAAGGUAGUGGGAAGGUUGUGGCAGCCUGUGGUAUCUUGGUACUGAGGCUGAACACAGAGCCAGGGUCUGAGGACCACACUUUUACUUGACGAUUUCUGAACACAGGGCCUGAAAGUGGCACACGCAUAAGUGAAGCACCUGUGGUGGGAAUCCAAAGCUUCCUUAGCCUCAUGUUUUGCCAGGAAUUUGGGCUUCUCUUUUUCUGAACAAUACAGGCACUUUGUUCCAGUUAUUAAGUGAAAGUUCAAUAUCAAAGCGCUGAUAUCAAGUGAAACGCUAACAAAUGCACCGUCAUACCGCCAAAAGAUACUGCCAGAAGUUGGUGCCUGCCUCAGUCUAGUGUUGGUUCACUGCACCUUUAUACAUAUAACUGUAAAAAGCAGUUCCUGUCGUUCGAAUUACUGCACGAAAUCAUCAUUUAAUUUUCAACACGCGCAUCUUCCUUAGUCCCUGCUGACAGUAUCGCGUCCAGCUGGAACUGCCGAAAUGAGGUCAGGCAUGUUGACUCGGCUGCUGAGAGGCGUGGGCGGGCCUUCCCGCGUUUCCCCUCUUCUUAAGACACGCCCCCUCAGCACGCCCACCAAUUACGAGGAGGAACCGCCUAGGAUUCUCAUCACAGGCAGUUUGGGGCAGCUGGGCACCGGUCUGGCAAAGCUCCUGCGGGGCAAGUAUGGCGUGGAGAACGUCAUCAUGUCGGACAUCGUUAAGCCGUCCAAGGAAGUCGUCCAAUCAGGUCCCUACGUGUUCGCCGACAUAUUGGACUUUAAGUGCCUGCAGGAGAUCGUGGUGACGUACAGGAUAGACUGGCUGGUGCACUUCUCUGCGCUCCUCUCGGCCAUCGGGGAGCAGAACGUUCCUUUGGCCAUUAGGGUUAACAUCGAGGGCCUGCACAACGUGAUGGAGCUGAGCAAGCAGUACAACCUGAGGGUGUUCGUCCCGUCGACCAUUGGCGCCUUCGGGCCCGACUCUCCCCGGAACCCGACGCCCAACCUCACCAUCCAGCGGCCAAGGACCAUCUACGGCGUGUCCAAGGUGCACGGCGAGUUGCUGGGCGAAUAUUAUCACAACAAGUUCGGGUUGGAUUUCAGAUGCUUGCGCUUUCCUGGCGUCAUUUCUUCCGACAGCCAGCCUGGGGGCGGCACGACAGAUUACGCGGUUCAGAUCUUCCACGACGCCAUCGAAGGGCGUGAGCACGAGUGCUACCUUCGGCCGAACACCCGACUCCCUAUGAUGUACAUCGACGACUGUCUCAGGUCGCUCUGGGAGAUGCUGAUCGCGCCCGAGGAUCUUCUGAAGAGGAGGACGUACAACGUAACGGCCAUGAGCUUCACGCCGGAGGAGAUCGUGGAGGCCGUGCGGCGCCACUUCCCUGACUUGCCUGUCACCUACAGACCGGACUCACGCCAGAACAUAGCGGACACGUGGCCGGAGGUGUUCGACGACAGCGAGGCGCGGCGCGACUGGGGCUGGCGCCACGACUACGACGUGGAGGCGAUGGUGGACAUCAUGUUCCAGAACCUCCGGCGGCAGCACCAGAUGGCCGAGACCCGGUGAUGCCCUUCGAGACUGGCCCGGACGCCCGAACAUGUUUAUAUGUAUAAUGUAUAUAAGUCUUUAUGCGCGUUGCACUCUUUGUUAACUACUUUAUAAUAGGAAUUUUGUUUCAUGAUAAAGGUCAAAUAUAUUUGUGAAAUCUCA